AGAACAAACCUACAGUCCCUAUCUUGUACGUAACCCGGGGACUGCCUGUAUUUGAUCUGUACAAAACACAGACAUGGCUCCCCUGGCCCCAGGAAAAAACAUCCCAAAAGGCAAAAAUCAGGUAAACAUCUUAAUAGUCUGAGCAAGGCAUCUUGGAGCUACUUUUAUAAACUGAGCUAAGGAUGGUGGCACUGAUAUUAGUUUUAAGGCUCCACAGAACAGGUGAUUUUUGGGGGGUGGGGGUAUAGGAAUGAAGUGACCAUGGAUUCUUGGUGUUCUGUGACACGGAGAACAUUCCAAACACAGGAUAUGGUUGGAAGAAGACACAAACCAGAGUAGUAGUGGGGGAAGAGGUGAGGCUGGCAAGUUAAGUUACAUGGUUUAAGGGUAACUUAAACAAAAAUACCACCUUAAGCCUUAUGGGUAGGCUGUGUGUCUGGACACGGAUACUCUAUGCAGUUUGGGAUCUCUGAUGACCGCCAUGGGCCUGAGAUUACAGGCAGAGGAUGUGACAAGCAGAACAUGCCAAGAGGCUUCUUUUUGGAAUGGAUGUCAUGGUAAGAUUAACUACAUGGGAAAUGUUUCUGGUUUUUUAAAUAUGAAAAGCUUUUUGGAACCAAAGAUUGACUUUUCGUACACUUCCGCAGGGUUUCUUGUGCCUGGCCUUCUUUUUUGAUCUGGACAUGCAAAAUGCUUCAUCUUUCUGUGUAACAUACUUUUUUCCUUGAGGAAACUUUCCAUUGAAAUAUGCAGUGUUGUAAGGCAAGUGUCUGAAGUUUGCAUUUACUGAAAUGUCACUAUAGUCAAACAUUUUUAUUUUUAACUUGAGGUAAAUCGGUAUUGAAUCAGGAGAUGUCUAGCAGUUCUUAACAUAACCUUUGAAUUCUGCAAGAGAUACUUCAUGAAGGAAGGACUCUUGAUAAAGUUCUAACCACAUUUCCAUUUUGAAAUGCAUUUAUCACUCAUUACGUUUUUUAUUUUAGAUUGUUGCCACUCUGGAGCAGCAGCAGAUUUUGGGGCCCUUCAAGUCCACUCCCAUUGUGGGAGGAAUCAGUGCUAUGGAGUCUGGUUGGGAUUGUUUGGAAUUGUUUGUACUUCAUGCACUGUUUUAUGGCCAGAGAUGGUCACAAAGAGCACAGUCCUGAGGAGGAUGAUAGGAAGAUAAGACGGAGAGAAAAAAACAGAGUCGCUGCCCAGAGAAGCCGAAAGAAACAAACGCAGAAAGCAGACAAACUGCAUGAGGAAUAUGAGUGCCUUGAACAAGAAAAUACCUCCCUGAAAAGAGAGAUUGGGAAGCUAACAGAUGAGAUGAAACAUUUGAGCGAUGUGUUGAAGGAUCAUGAAAAGAUCUGUCCUUUAUUGCACUGCUCCAUGAACUUUGUGACCAUACCCAGGCCUGAUGCCCUCACCAGCUGCCUGCCAAGAUGAGAGUUCCUCCUUAUUGCCUUUAAAUGCUGGUUAUUAUUGAACAUAAGUGGGAGAAAUGUAAAGAUCCAUCUUCUUUUUCUCACCACAAUGUAGGUAUAUCCUUCCUCUUGCAGAGGGAUGAAAUUAUCUAAUUGGCCUUUACGUCUCUGUCUUCUGAAUAUUAUGAAAAGGUCAGUGUGGGGAGAAUAAGAUUGAGUUGCAAUUUAUUUUCUAGAACCUAUAAUAUCUUGUUUCUUAUUCAUAAAUGGCAAAAUAUGAUACAAUCUGCUUUUACAGGAUGGAAACUGGAGAAAAAUACUCUGGGCUAGGAUAUGAUUUUCCCCAUACUCUGCUGACUAUUAUUUCUGAAUUGUUAGGUUGUCAUCCAUAUAUCUUACAUAAAAUAUCCUGGCUGCUCAUUUUUUGUUUACAUGGGGGUUUGUCUAAUAAAAUCAAUGCAUUUUCUUUAUCUUUAUGGUGUCCCCACCUUUUUCGAUAUCCAAUGCCUUUUGAACAUCUUUACAUUUGCUCAUUUGUCAAAUCCAAAGUCUAAUGCUAAUCUCCCUGCUUUCCAUGUGUCUUAUUAUUUGCUUAUCACUAGCUUCCCAGGAUGUUUGAAAAGUUUUAUUGGUUUCCCUUCUAAAGCUUGUAUAACAACUGAGUGUAGAUCAUCUUCACUUCCCUAAUCACCAGCACUCAAACCAUUAAUCCUCAAAGAAUUUUAUUCCCAUUCUUGUAUAAAGUGUGUCCACUUUCCAUGGAAUAAAUGCAGAACAGGCAGUUUGGGGUUCACAUUCAUCCAAAGAGCAAAGCCAUUGUAUCCAGUAGAAUUAUACAAGGGGGAAUUCCCUUUGUUUUUUAUUGUUUUGUGGUUGAUUUGUAUGUUUUGUAAUUUAUUAAUUGUCCUUUCCCCAUUAUCCAUUGCACAUGUAGGACUAGAUUCACCUGGGAGACUUAGGUGCCUACCUGCUAGAAUGUGGGAGACCUAGGUUCAAAUCACUGCUGUACUGCCUCCUGUCUCCACAGGGGAAUUGGUGGCAUGGUAGGUAGAUAAAAGAUUGGCUACAGGUUGGAGAUUUGCCUGACUUUUCAGCUGCUAAACAACCAGCUGGCUGCAAUGUGAGCCUCCAUCCAGCAGGGGAACCCUUGCACAGUCUGACCAGAAGUUACAGGUAUCUAGGACAGGGAACUGCGUGGGAAGGGGUUGGCUUCUGAGGAGUAAGAGGUCUCCUGGAGCUGAGCUGCCUGGGACCCAGGUUUUCUCGGGUGUGACCUCCUCUGGGAAGAUUUUUCAAGUAAGAGACAACGUCCAGGAUGGUUUGUUGUGGAGCAGGUGUGGUCCCUCCCUGGCAUCUGCAGAUGCUACAUCCUGCUCGCCCUGGCCUGGCCUGCCAGGUAAAUGGAGCUGCCAAGAUACCAGCCCCACCAUAGGGCCUCAGCCUGUCUGACAGGGACAGGCUCUUGUUCCCUGCCCUGGAGAGUGGGAGAAGCCUACAGAGAGAUGCUAUCUGACAGGCUGGUGCUGCAUCUUGAGCCUAGGCCAGCUGCCCUGCCACAUGUCCCUCUCCCCCAGCACACACAGCUCUCCAAUACCCUCCAAAUAUCACCUCCCAGCACAUAUGUACUCCGCCCCCCCAGAUUCUCCUUUGGCACCUACAUAUACCCCCCUCUUAAUACACAUACACUCCUCCAGUACCUCCAAAUAUUCUUUCCAGCAUCUUCAAAUACCCCCUCCAAAUAUAUGUACACUCCUCCAUUACCUGCCAAAUCCCCCCUCCAGUUUCCUCUUCUCCUCCAUAACCCUCCAACAGCGUUCUCUGUUUGGGAACUUGAAAUAUGGUAACCCUCUGCCAAGGUAAAGCCCUCACCCUGGCUUUCCAAUAACACUAGCCUAUGUUCGUUCAGCAAUCAUCCAAAUACAAAUGAGCAGGAACUCUGAUUUUAAAAGCCAAGUCAAAGAGUCAGGCCAUGGUUCUCUCUGUGACACACACCAAAAUAGACCAAGCUAUAUCAUAUCAAAUUGUUUCUGCUCAUAUGAAUUACAAUGAAGUAGUAAUGGCUGCUUCAUUGUCACUAUUUGCUACUCUUGUCCAAAAGUGGAGAUGUUUAUGAAGGGCAUUACAAGUGAACAUUUGAGUCUUCCUUUGGCAUUUAUUUUAGUAUGGAAUUCAGAGACAGAAUAAUAGACUCCUGAAAAUGUAAGCCUGGAAGGGAUCUCAAUAGGUCAUCCACUGUAAUCCAUAUACUCAGGCACAGCUAAGUAUAUUUAACCAUCCCUGUCAGGUAUUUGUCCAAACUGUUCUUUAAAAUUGCCAGUGGUGGGGAUUCCACCACUUCCUUGGAACUAUUAUAUUCAUUAUCUAGAAAAGCAAAAAGCACAGUAAGUGAUAGACCAAGUGGGCUCUUUUUCCAGCUCAAGCAACGAGGAGUCCUGUGGUACCUUAUUUUUCCAGCUCAGUUACCAAAGUUUGUAUGAUAUUGUUGACCUUGAUGUUAAGACAUCAUCCUCAUAUUUAAUAAUAAAAUGGCAUUUUA